AAUAGUUUUGAAGUUAAGUUUAAAGUUUUGCUUUUGGAGAAAAACACCUUUAAACUUCAAAUAUAGAGUUUUAGAAACUUCAAAAUAGAGUUUCUUUUUGGAGAUGCUCUUAAUGCUACUGGACACAUUCUUUUUUUUUUUCUAUAUUUUGUCACAUCAUUUCUGAAGGAAAACAUAAAACUGGAAGUUAAACAAGAAACUGUAUAGUGUUCCAAAAAACAAAGAAACUAUAUAUUUGGAGAAUAAGUUGAUUUUGAAUUUCAUCUUAACUAAUAGUAUCUAAUAAAAAAAAUAUUUUGAAAAUUCUUCUGCCCCUGGUCAUAUUCUUUUAAGGGUUUGGUCAAAAUAUAUUCUUCUGAAAAUUAUAAAAAUGGGAAAUAAUUAAAUAAUCUGAAGAAAAUUAAACAUUGUUCGCUCUGAAAUUUAAUUAGUAAAAAGGUAUAUUCUUACAUAUAUAAAAAUACAGCUUUCACUUACAUAAACCAUGACUUUAUACUAUAAUUUGAAAUCGUGAAACUGUUGAACUUUUGAAGUCAAUAAUUAAUUAAGGAAACUACGACCCGUGAUUCUUUUUUUUCUUUUUCUAACAUUCUUUACUUUUCUUUAUUUGUCAACAAUCCAUACGCGUGAUUAGUCAAAAGUAACCAUACCAAUGCCGUUUUCUCACUGUGCCAACUUCGAUUUCAUAAACCCAAAUUAGAAAAUAAAAACAAAAAGGUUUCCACGCUGUAUUUCCAUGUGUGCGAAGAUGGCACAGUGAGAAGAAUAAAGACUCGACAUGCAAAAAUAAAAUAAAAAACUAUACAAUAUGCAGUAAUAAAAAUGUUAAUAGUAUAUUAGUAACACUUUAAUAUAUAAAAAAAAAAGCUUUUUCCCGUCCCACACAAACGACUCUCUAUAAAUGCCAAUCAAAAUAGCUUCCUUCCUCCAUAGUUCCUAAACCAUAACAACUACUUCUCUCUUCAACCUUUGCUUCAAUCUCCAACAACUUUCUUUUCUACAAUCUACAACAAAAGCUAACCAAAAUAAACCAAACAUGGUGGUUUUAUCACGGCCAGUCGCUUUAGAUAAUCACAUAUCAGUAAUCCCAGCAUACAAGCCAGCUCCGGUUCUCACAUCCCAUUCAAUCCCCGUCGUGGACCUAACCCACCCAGAAGCCAAAACCCUUAUCGUGAAAGCUUGUGAGGAGUUUGGUUUCUUCAAGGUUGUCAACCACGGAGUGUGCCCUGACCUCAUGACCCGGUUAGAGCAGGAAGCUGUCGGCUUCUUCGCCUUGCCUCAGUCUCUCAAAAACCAGGCCGGUCCACCUGAACCGUACGGUUAUGGUAGUAAACGGAUUGGACCAAACGGUGACGUGGGGUGGAUUGAGUAUAUCCUCCUCAAUGCUAACCCUGAGCUCUCGUCACCCAAAACCUCUGCCGUUUUCAGUCAAAGCCCACUAAUUUUCCGUGAGGCAGUGGAGGAAUACAUGAAAGAGGUGAAGGAAGUGUCGUGCAAAGUGUUGGAGAUGAUAACUGAAGGAUUGGGGAUAGAGCCAAGGGACAGUCUGAGUAAGAUGGUGAGAGAUGAGAAGAGUGACUCGUGCCUGAGACUGAACCACUAUCCGACGGCGGAGGAAGAGGCGGAGAAGAUGGUGAAGUUAGGGUUUGGGGAACACACAGACCCACAGAUCAUCUCAGUGCUAAGGUCCAAUAACGCAGCGGGUCUUCAAAUCUGUAUGAAAGAUGGAAGCUGGGUCGCUGUCCCUCCUGAUCACUCUUCUUUCUUCAUUAAUGUUGGAGAUGCUCUUCAGGUUAUGACAAACGGAAGGUUCAAGAGUCUAAAACACAGAGUAUUAGCUGAUACAAGGAAAUCGAGAGUCUCGAUGAUAUAUUUUGGAGGACCGACACUGAGUCAGAAGAUCACGCCAUUGCCAUCUCUUGUCCCUAAGCAAGAGGAUUGGCUUUACAAAGAAUUCACUUGGUCUCAGUACAAAUCUUCUGCUUACAAGUCUAAGCUUGGUGAUUAUAGGCUUGGUCUCUUUGAGAGACAACCUCUUCUCACUCAUAGGUCUAAUGUAUGAGACUAGUCAUGAUGAUCCUUAUCAUCCUUUGUAUGAUAGAAAAAAGUCAUAAUUACAAAAGAAGAAAAUGGAUAGUGUUUUGGAUUAGUUUUUAUUUCUGGCAUGUUUUUUUUUUCCGUUAGGCACAAAAGCAGUAGGCUUUGCCUUGAGUUUGACCCGACCAAUCUUAUCUUUUGUAUUCCCUCGUUUCCAUUUCUUUUUGCCUUAUUUGUCUGGCUUAUUUGAUUUUGUUUUUCCAUUUCCCACUUCAAUUUGGCUAUGUUUUUUACUUUGGUGUUCAAUUAUAAGAGAACUUCUAAUGGUGUUUAAUUUUUCACUUCCUGCAUCAUUUUUAUUAUGAUAGUACUUCAUUUUUUUUCUUCAUUUCUUCAAAAUUUUUAAAAUUGAACUUAUUUUUCAUCAAAUUUAAAAAACACUGUUUAUUUUUUUUUCAAUUUUUAAAGAUGAAAUUUUUUAGUUACAAACUAAUCCUUAACUUUAACUUCUUGUUAUUUUGCACAUAAAUAAAUUAUACGUUUUAGUGUCACACAAUUAAUUUCAUCUAAUUAGAUGUUACUAAUGAAGAACAUGAAUAUAUUAAUCUUCAAAAAUUUCUAUGUUUGAUUUAGAAGAGUUUAAAAUAAAAUAAACUUCUUUUUUUUUGAAUACUUUGUUUAAUCACGUACAAAAUAUCUCUAUUUGGUUUUUCUUUAUGAAAUAUAAUAUUUAUUUAUUAUUUAUGCUAUGUGUAAUAGUGAUAUCAUAUAAUAACGUUUAAAUUAUAAUAAAUAGUAACUAUGUCAGAUUACUAUUGAAAUAAGAUAUCUGGGUAAAUUAUUAAAUUUGAAAAAAUAUAUAUGAUAUUAUUAAUUGCUAAUUAUAAAUGGUAAUAUAAUAUAUUUAGAAUAUUCCAUUUUUAAGAAAAAUGAAGUAAACAGUUGGAAAACAUGUUGUUUCAUUCUCUUAAGAAGAUCAAAUUUUGAAGAAAAAAAUAUUGAAAAUGCUCUAACAAAUGAGUUCAUAUAAUUAAAUUUACAUUAAAAACAAAAUAAUAGAAGUGUUCCACUUUAUGUAUGUGCUCACCGUAUCCUCAUGCAAUGAUAGAAUAUAUAUAUAUAUAUAUAUAUAUAUUGGCAAAGGAUUUAAGAGAUUAUAAUAUAUUUCUCUUUGCAUUUCUAUUUUAUGACUUCUCGUCCUUAAACACAUGGAAUAGAGCUUCGUUUUAAGACCAUUUCCAAUGGUUUCCCUCAUUUUUUCUUUCAAAAUGAUGUAAACUUAAAAUGAGGUUGUGAUUUGCUCCAAUGGUUUUCCUCAUUUUCUCCCUCAAUUUUUAUUAUAUUCAUUUUUCAACUUUUUAUUUAUUGCAAAUAACACUUUUUAUUUUAUAAGAUUUUAGACUAUACUCAUUUAUUUUUAAAUUCUACAAUUUAACCAAACUUUAACUUAUAAAAAACAAAUAUUUAUUACACUAAUAAAGUUACAUAACAACAUACAAAAUAAUAGUAGAAUUUUACUUAAACAGUACUAUUAUUAUAUUUUUUCCACUUUGUAUUAGUUAUGUAUCUCGAUGGUAUUGUUUUCUAUUUUAUUUUCUUUUAAUUAUAUAUUAUAAUUUAUAAAAUUAUAAGUUAUAUUUUAAUAACUAAUUAUUAGUAAUUAUAUUUUAAAAAGUUUAAUCAGUAUAUACAUACUGGAUAUAAUGUUAUAAAAAUUAUGUUUAAUGUUAAUGUUUUGUUUAUGCAUAAAAUAAAGAUUGUCAAAAGUAAAGGACUAUUAUGUAAAUAAAAAAAACUUGACAUCAAAAUGAGGAUGUGAACAGUAUUCCCUCAAUUUGAGGGAACACUAUUCACAUCCUCAUUUUUCCCCUCAAAAUGAAGUACUAUUGGAGAUGGAUUUCCUUCAUUUUUUGAUGUUUUUCCUCAUUUUGAUGCACCAUUGGAGAUGCUCUAAACAUUUAAGAGAAAAUAAAAUUGUGCUGACGCCAAAGCAAAUAUACCCCCAUCUUAUUCCUAGCGUUUUUUUCAUUUUUGAUUUAUGUCAUCAACUUUUACUACCUAAACAUAAACAUAGGUGGUUUUACCAACUACUAUUUUCUUUUACAACGGUUAUAUACCACCAUUCAUGUUGUUACUAUAUAAUUUAAUUGUCAACGCUGGUAUAUGCUAGGUAAUAUGGAAGCUUCACGAACAUCUGGUUCCGAAGUCCGAAGCAUCCUCUUGCCACUUCAGAACCGGAAUCAAAAUCGAAAGUCUAUGAAAAUUUUCAGAAUCUAGUUUUUAAAAUUAUCUUUUAAAAAACAUGUUGGAAUAAGUUUCUGUUUUGGAACUAUAUUUAUGUUUUAAAAACUCAAUGUCAUAAAUAAAUAAAUAAUAUUAUAUUUUCAUUUUACAUAAAAUCUAAAAAACUAGUAGUAUUAGAAUAGAAAAAUGAAAAUAUUAAAACUACAAGUUAUCUCAGUGUACAAUAUUUAUAAUAGAUCUUGCACACACCCAUAUAUAUAUAUAUAUAUAUAUAUAUAUAUAUAUAGUGUGUCAAUUAUUUGUGAGAUAAAAAAUAAUUAAUUUGAUUAAUUGCAUAAUAUAUUAUUAUAAACUUAAGUUGACAGUAUUUCCACAUUUAUAAUAUGAAGAAAACUUAGUGGAUAUAUUAAUAAGUGAUAGUUCUUUAUUUGAAUCAUAUAAUUUUUAUCAUAUGUUCUAAAAAAAUUUCUUCUAUUUUUAAUAUAUAUGUAUAUACAUAGAAAUAUGUUUCCAACAUGUACUCACUUUCUAUUUUUCUUUUUUAAUUAUGUUUUUGUGCUUCUAUAUGAUUUUGUUUUCUUACCCGCUUUCAGUUUCAUGUAACAUUGGUUAUAUGUUCUCUUUAUUAAUUUAUAUUGUUUAAUGUCGUAUGUCAUUAGUAAAACGAUGCGUCUUAUACAGGGGUGUCCCUGAGAUGUUGAGGGUCUAAAACAAUUUAAUAAAAAUUAAAAUAAAAAUUAACAAAUUUAGGUGCUUUUUUCCAUGUAAUUUUUUAAAAAAGUUUGGAAGUCCUAUGCCAAUGUUUUAUUUCGCUAUGCUCAGGAUGGAUCGCCCUGGUCUUAUAACAUGUUAAGACCGUAAUGUCUUGUAGCACGUGAAGCUGGUAUGUACAGAAUAGUUUCAAGGAUCGAAUUCAUAAUUGCAUGCUUUUUUCUUAACCAUAUUUAUCUACACGUGGAUAGCUAAACGUGUCCAGAAACUUGUGCUCAAGUCUUCUGGUCAAUAACCAUCAGAUUUCUCAUGUACAGAUUUAAUACUUAUCCUUUAUUUUAGCCUGCUUUAUUUAGUUCGAAAAUGCGUGUGUAUGUGUGUAUUUUUUUUUGCUUCCCUACUGUCUAAAUAACAUCUUUAGGUAAACUCUGUUUGUCCAAUUUUCCUCGCAAAUUUAUAACAAAUUAAAGAUUUUAUAAUGCAUAUGAUUAUGGAUCUGAUCCGUAAACAAGAUAGGAAUAUAUUAUAGCACUAAAAGUAAAAGAUGACUGUAACGAUAUUAAAGUGAUGGUAUAUAAGAAUAACAUUUUUAGUCAUUGGAUAUGAUUAUUAAUAGGGAGCAGUAUAAAAAAUACAAUACAAAGGUUGAUAAAACUAAUAAUAUCAAAAUGAUGUAUACAACUUCUUAUCGCCAACCAAAACGCGUUGAUCCAAGUGGUAAAAAAAUUAUGGCUGGAAUUAUCACCAUCUGAGUUCAAUUCGUACUGAAAAAACUAUUUACAAUCAGAACUGGUCCUUUUUAAGGCUUCAAGCAAAAAUAAAAUUUAUAGCUGUUUUGUAUAUCUUUACAAAAAAAAAGGUUUAUCCAUAAAUGGGAAAUUGGGCUGCAUAGCUACAAAACAAAACAUAAUUAAAUAUCUAGCCAAAAAAAAAAGUACCUCCAUUAUUUAUGUAAUAUAUACUAUAAUACCCUUAACAACCGGUUAAUGAAAGAUAAAAAUAUCUCUUCUUCUUCUUCUUCAUCUUCGAUUAACAAUUACCAUCAAUCAGCUUUCAUCUCCACCACUUUGUCCUCCGACGCCAUUACAAUACGAUCAUCACUAAUUCUCCAUUGUGUUUUGUGUUUAUCGUCUCUUUAAAGAUUUUUUUUUCUAUAAUCAGUAUUCCUUUUUCAUAAUUAUUCUCACCUCAUUCAUAUUCACAUUCAUCACUGAACCACCAUCACCAUAGCCAUGAAAUCUACAGAUCACGACGGCGUUACGGUCGAGGCGCCCUCAUUUGAUUCCUAAGUUUUUGAUUGUACUAUGCUAUUUUGACAAUAUGUACUAUGUCAUUUCGUUUGUUACUAUUUUAUUUAAUAUGCUUCAUAUUAUGUAGUACAUGCAUGUUUUGAUAUUUGGGUUAGGGUUUAUAUUUUCUUUUGGGGUUUGGUGAUUGGUGUUUUGGGUUUAGUUUAUGUAAGAUUUAGAUUGACGUUGGGGUAAGCAUUACCUCAUUUCUGCAAUCAUAAACAUUUCAAAAUUUGAAAAAUAUGUAAUAUGCUAUUUUGUUUGUUACUAUUCUAUAUGAUAAUGUUUCAUAUUAUGUACUAUGUGCAUAUUUUGAUAUUUUGGUUAGAGUUUAUAUUUCCUUUUAUGGUUUAGUGAUUAGUGUUUUGGAUUUAGUUUAUAUGAAAAGUUUGGGUUGACGUUAAUAUGUACUAUGCUAUUUGGGUUAGGGUUUAUAUUUUUUUUUAGGGUUUAAUGAUUAGUGUUUUAGGUUUACUUUAUGAGAGGUUUGGGUUGACAUUGGGAUAAACAUUAUUUUUUUCCAUGUAAUCAUAGACAUUUUAAAAUUUGAACAAUAUGAACUAUGCUAUUUUGUUUGUUACUAUUCUAUUUUGAUACUACUUCAUAUUAUGUACUAUGUGCAUAUUUUGAUAUUUGGAUUAUGGUUUAUAUUUCUUUUUAGGUUUUAGUGAUUAGUGUUUUGGGUUUAGUUUAUGGAAGGUUUGAGUUAAUGUUGGGGUAAGCAUUACUUCUUUCAUUGCAAUCAUAUACAUUUCAAAAUUUGAACAAUGUGUACUAGACUAUUUGAUAUGUUCCAUUCUAUUUAUAAUAUCUCUUUCUUCAACCACAUUAAUUAUGUCGGUGAUUACCAGAAGCACCACCACAACCACAGUAAUCCUUAUCAUGAAAGAUCAUCUUUUUCAUGUAUCCACGACCGCUUCAUUCUCCAUAGCCACUACCACCGUAGUUUUCACAUCGUCGUUGUAACCAUCACCACCACAUCUUCCAUCCAUUGCCAUUGCCGUAACCACCACCAUCCAUUUUCUAUUGUUGAGCACUGUUGAUUUUCUUACCAAUUACAGUCUUGAUAUUUUAGGUCCACAUAUUUUUCACCAUCAACGUCACCACUUAUUUCUUCUUUCACCUGCAACUUGUUAUGAAAAAGGAUAAAACCGGAUGAAACUUGGAAAAAAUUGUUAGUGACUUAAUAAUGUCAAAAUCAUAGCUAUAUUCUUCAUUUUGCCUCCAAAUUUAGCUAUUUGGCAAAUUAACCCUUUAUAAAUUACACAAUAGAACAAAAAAUUAAAUGUCACUAGACCAAAGGAACAUUUAUCAUUUUGUGGCCAAAAUAUUUAUUAUAAAAUUGGUGGUUGGAAGCGAGUGCUUGAUUGGUGUGGUGUCAAGACCGACACUUGGAUUUACGGUAAAGAGGUAAACAUUUUUUUACACCAAAAAAUAACUUCUUACUGCCAUCGUUGAUUGACAAAAUUUCACCUAGAUAGUAAAAUUUACCAUUCAAGACCUAUAUUAGAUUAGAAACGAAUGCUAUACAAAAUCAUUAGUGAGUAAGAUCUUUGUAUUAAGCCAAAACAUUGUUUUAAGACCACUAACGCGAGGGAGUACUGCUAGUAGGGAAAUCAUGGCGACUACAUGAGUGCGAACAUGUAUUUGAAUUUGUCGAGACAAUUUAAAGAUUUAGUAAGACGAUUAAGAUUUUUUGUUCUGAAAAGGAAACAAGAGGUGUUUUAAAUUGAAAUAAUUGGGGAAAGUUAAGUGGUGACCACAUAAGAUUGAAAACAUACCACUUGGGAGAAAAGAGAGAAAGCAGAUCUAUCACCAGGUCCGGCGACUGGCGGCGCGUUCGCGCGCGUGCCGUCACCGGAGCCCUCCCGCUAUCAGUUAAGCUGCCGUUUCAGUCUCGGUUUCGUCUCCUCUUCUAGCCGCCUUGCUUAAGCUCUGGAAAAAGGCCGUCUAUGGCGGAUCUGUCUCUGGCGCAAGGGCGCGGUCGGGGUGAGGCAGGCAUGGUGAGGUUUCCUCGUUCGGUUUUGUCUCCGGGAGGCGGAUGCUCUUUCAGCUCCGCCGUCGCCGGCUCCAGUCCCCGCGUCGUAGAGGCUACCUUAGCUCUGACGGCGUCGGUUUAGAUCUCGGGGGGCGAAAGCGUUCCGCUGUUUUGCCCCGCCGCCUUGGGUCCCUAGGGUUCGUUUUUUAGGGUUUGUUUCUCAUUUUUCUUUUAGUUUUAAGGUUCUGGUUUGUUUGGGUGGGGGGAGAUCCCGUAGGAGGUUGAUCGAAGCUCGGCCAUGGUUAAUUGUGUUAGGUCGCGCGAAGCUUCUUUCUCGGUGAUGUGUUUGAACGGUUUCGGUUGAGCUCUCGAACUAUCGAUUGAAGCUCUCCGAGUUUAGUUUUCACCGGAAGUGGAAGGCGUUUGCGGUGGCGAUGUGUGGAUUGUGUGGUUUCCGAUACUCUCUGGUUAAUCGAAGGUGGGUUUUCCUGGUGGUGUGCCGAAGGGGGGCGUCGUCUGAGCCGUAGCGUGUGUCCGCGCGGCGGCGGGGCUUCUUCGUGCUGAUCAGGUGUCGUAGGUGGGCUUUGGGCCCGGCUGGUGAUUUGCGUUUUUUGGGCCGUUUAUUUGGCUUUGUAAUGUGUUUGUUGGGCUCACCCCUUUUAAUGGAAAUUUCAAUUUGUG